ACAGCGUACCUCCAUCAGCACCCUGUCGCUAGCUAUCUCAACUUUCUUUUUGUUCCUCCGGGAGUUUGAGUCCUUCGCUAAACGCCGCAAGACCAACAAGGAGAAGAAAAAACGUAAACGCCACGAUAAAAAAAAAACACUUAAAGAAACAGCCAUGAAGUUGUCAAUGAUUCGCAGUGCCUGUGGCAGCCUUCGGAUACAUCCAGCCCGACCAGGAAGCAGAGUCAGCGGCUUUCCGAGGAGAUGCCUACCGGUUGGUCCUGCCCACGGUCGGAUCUUCAUCAGGGCGGCAAGCGCUACUAGCAGCGGCGGUACCAAGCAGAAGUUAGCCGAUAACUUUGGGCAACUGUCCCAAAAGGAAGAUGGGUUAGAGAGCGACAGUGUUUUGAGGGAUGUGAUUCAGAGCACCGAGGAGGCCAUGUUGGCUCUGCAGAGAGGGAAUCCAUCAGUCCAGCCUUUGCUAGCCAUUAUACAGGCAGGUAAAGAUGACAGCUUGUUGGAGGUCAAUAAGAAAAUGGCAGAAAUGAUCGGCAUAAAUGUCAUCCAGAUUUGUCUGUCAAAGGAGUGCAGUGAAGACGAAAUUGUAGAGGAGGUGUUGAAACUGAAUGAAGACCCCAGGGUGCACGGAGUUUACCUCCACCUCCCCCCUGCUUCCCUCACCAAUAGAGUGCUGAGCACACUCAAACCAGAGAAGGACGUAGACGGGAUAUCCGAUUUGAAUGUGGGCCGUCUGGUACGAGGAGACCUGAGCAAAGGCUUUGUGCCCCCCAUUGCGAGCGCUGUCCUGUAUCUGCUGGAGAAACACGAUACUCCUUUGGAGGGGAAAUCUGUGCUGCUGGUCGGAGGAGAAGAACCUCUUGUGGUGUCCCUGCAGUGCCUGAUUGAAAGGAAUGGAAUGGUAGCUCUCAAGAGUCAUUGGAGCUCCAAGAGCCUACAGAGACAGAUGAUGCAAGCUGAUGCUGUGGUCCUGUUAGGAGCAGGGAAUACAGAUGUCCCACCCACCUGGGUUAGACCAGGGGCUGCUGUCAUCUGCUGUGAGCCCACCCUGGAGACAGAUGAAGAUGCUACUGAGAUGUCCUCAAAGCCUGGGUUAGGAUACCUCACAGCAGCUUACAGAACACAGAAUGUGGUGCGCAGUUGCAGUCGGUGGCUCAAGGAGCAGCAGUACCGCCCAUGGCAUCUGCGCAGCCUCAAACUGCAGCCCAUGACCCCUGUACCAAGUGACAUAGAGAUCUCCAGAGCUCAGACUCCAAAGCCAGUGGACCAGCUGGCUGAGGAGAUUGGUUUGCUGCCAGAGGAGCUUGAAGCCUACGGCAGGAGCAAAGCUAAAGUCCGGCUCUCCUUAUUGGACCGCCUCCACAAACAGCCUGAUGGGAAAUAUGUACUGGUUGCUGGUAUAACUCCCACCCCACUGGGCGAAGGUAAAAGCACGGUCAUCAUCGGCCUUGUCCAGGCCCUGUCUGCCCACCUGAAGCUCAACUCCUUCGCCUGUCUGCGACAACCUUCUCAGGGACCCACCUUUGGGGUUAAAGGGGGAGCUGCAGGAGGGGGAUAUGCUCAGGUCAUCCCUAUGGAGGAGUUCAACCUCCAUCUGACUGGUGACAUUCACGCCAUCACAGCAGCCAACAACCUGUUGGCAGCAGCCAUCGAUGCCAGGAUGCUCCAUGAGGCGACGCAAUCAGACAAGGCCCUGUUUAAUAGACUGGUCCCUUCAGUGAAUGGAGUCAGAAGAUUUUCACCCAUCCAAAUCUCCAGGCUACGUCGUCUUGGGAUCAAUAAAAUAGAUCCUGCAUCUCUCUCACCCCAGGAAGUCAGCGCCUUUGUUCGUCUUGACCUCGACCCCUCCAAGAUCACCUGGCAGAGAGUUGUUGAUACAAAUGACCGUUUCUUGAGGAAGAUCACAGUAGGACAAGCGAGCACUGAGAAAGGACAGAUCAGAGAGACUGGGUUCGACAUAGCAGUGGCCAGCGAGAUCAUGGCCAUCCUGGCUCUGGCAGACAGCCUGGAGGACAUGAAAAACAGACUGGCGCGCAUGGUGGUGGGGACCAGCCGCUCAGGACAGCCAGUCACCGCAGAGGACCUGGGUGUGAGCGGAGCUCUGGCAGUGUUAAUGAAAGAUGCCAUCAAACCCACGUUAAUGCAGACCCUCGAGGGUACGCCAGUGUUUGUCCAUGCUGGGCCCUUUGCCAACAUUGCCCAUGGCAACUCCUCGGUGCUGGCAGACAAGCUGGCUUUGAAGUUGGUUGGACGGGACGGCUUUGUGGUGACAGAAGCUGGUUUUGGGGCAGAUAUCGGGAUGGAGAAGUUCUUCAACAUCAAAUGUCGGGCUUCAGGGCUGAGGCCAAAUGUGGUGGUGCUGGUUGCAACUGUACGAGCGUUGAAGAUGCAUGGCGGUGGCCCAAAUGUGUCGGCAGGUGCACCCCUUCCCAGAGAGUACAUUGAUGAGAAUCUCAGUCUAGUUGCAGGUGGUUCCCAUAGCAAUCUUAGGAAGCAGAUCCAAAUAGCACACCUGUUUGGGGUACCAGUCGUGGUGGCUGUCAAUGUCUUCAAGACUGACACCCAGGCAGAGAUUGACCUUGUGUGUCAGAUAGCAAAAGAGUGUGGAGCAUCUGAUGCUGUGCCGUGUAACCACUGGGCGCAGGGUGGCCAAGGUUCCUUAGAGCUGGCUCAGGCUGUGAAUGAGGCUGCCAGCAAACCCAGCAACUUCCAGUUCCUGUACAACACAGAGAUGCCGAUCGUGGAGAAGAUCAAAACGAUCGCUCGCAAAGUGUACGGAGCUGAUGACAUUGAGCUUUCACCAGAGGCCAAGGCCAAAAUUGAUUACUACAAUCAACAGGGCUAUGGUACAUUACCCAUCUGUAUGGCCAAGACUCACCUGUCCCUGUCCCACAUGCCUGACAAGAAGGGUGUGCCCACUGGAUUUGUUUUGCCAAUCAGAGAUGUUCGUGCUAGCAUUGGGGCUGGUUUCAUCUACCCACUCGUGGGGACGAUGAGCACUAUGCCCGGCCUGCCAACACGGCCCUGUUUCUACGACAUUGACCUUGACCCGGUCACAGAGGAGAUCACUGGGCUCUUCUGAGCACGCUCCAGUUAAAGAUACUCUCCCAGGCUGCCUGAUCUGUUCUCAGGAUCCAUGCGUGCACCAUCAAGCACAUCUAUUCUCUGCGUCUUUGACAGGAAAUGAUUCCUUACUUCCCAGCAACCCAAACUCUCCAUAUCACUGUUACAUGUUCUGAAUGAAAAGAAAGAUUAUCAGAGCAUUUGCACAUCUGUGUGAUAUGCCAAAGACAACCUCCUACAGCCAUAUCGUAUAAAUCAUAUGCUGUAUGUUUAAGCUUUUGAGCUCUCUGCACGAUGUCUUCUGUGUGUGAGUCAGUUUAAGCCUUAAAUCCUUCUUAAAUUUUACUUUUAUGUUUGCUUGUUUCCUCUUUUGUGAAAAGGAAGUUACACAAAUGUCUUAUAACGGUGCUGCAUUUAUACAUGUCUUAAGCUUUUUAAUUGAAAUGGGGGUAGUGUGUGUAUUUAUUAACUAAAUUGGUGUUGUACGCACAAAAAGCCAUUCUGCUGUUUAUGUAGCAUGUAUUAUUCUAACCUGCUCGAUGCUGCUAAAUGUCCAAGCUGUUGCACUGCCUGAGUGAAAUCACUACAAGUCAUGAGGUCAAAGCCAGUUCUGAGAUAUUGUCAAAGUAUUACAUUUCAUGUGAUGAGAAAGCUACAUAUCCAGCCUGAGAUUGGUAGCAAAGGGGAUGCAUCUUAAAGGCUAAUGAUCAGGCCAUUAAAGUAACUUUAUAUAUGAUUUGUAUUAAUGCUUCAUUUCAUACAGGUUUACAAUUUUUUAUGUUAGUGGAGGUUGUCUUAGUUUUAGGCCUCCUGCUGAAUGUAACUCUGCUCUUUCUUCAUCAAAUGGCCAUGUUUUGAUUAUUAUUAUGAAAUUUUAAUUAACAUCCAUCUAUCACUUCAUGAUGGGUUGAUUAAAAAGCCAAAUCACAAUGACACGGUUGGUCCAACUUAAGUUAUUGUUUAAGUUUUAUUGUACAAAAUCCAACCCAAAAUUCAUGCAACUCAGUGUGGAACUAACACAAAUUUGCUCUGGAAAAAAAUUCAACAUUGUUCUCAUUUACGACAGUAUGUUAAACAUUUUGGUUCUCAGAGGUCAAACAUCGUUCGCCUUUCAAUUAAAUCUUUAUUUACUCCUAAA